AUGGCUAUCGUUGACUCGCUGGGUACCGAUCCCCUUAUCAAGACCGUCACCGACUUCGUGAGGGACUACAUGAGCAACUACGAUGCCUCACAUGACUUCGGCCACAUCCAGCGUGUCGUGGGACAGGCUCAUUAUAUUUAUACUAAGGAAGUCACCACCAACCCAGCCCUGGAUCUCCAAACGGUGGUCCUAGCUGGUCUGCUACAUGAUGUAGGAGAUCGCAAGUAUCUCAAGCCCGGCGAGGACGCGAGCACGAUGGUCCGUCAGAUCUUGCUCGACAAGGGCGCCUCUGAGGAGCUCGCGCAGAACGUCCAGACCAUCUGCCUGGGCGUCAGCUACUCAAGCGAGAUUAAAGACCUGGCCAAGGUCCAGGACCUCAUCAAGGCGCACCCGGAGCUCGCAGUCGUUCAGGACGCCGACCGCCUCGACGCAAUAGGCGCCAUCGGGGUGGGACGGUGCUUCACGUACGGCGGGGCAAAGACCGGCAGAUCGAUGGAUGAUUCCAUCGAGCACUUCGAGGAGAAGCUCCUGCUCAUCGAGGACAUGAUGAAGACGGACACUGGGAGGAAGCUCGCAAAGGAGAGGAGCGACCGGCUGCGGCUGUUUCGCGAGUGGUGGAGGGACGAGUCUUCUUUCUUGGAGACGCCCGUUCUAAAUUGA